AUGAUUGAUGAGUUGUUAAUGCAAAAUCAAUCUAGAGUUGAAGAGCAGCAAAUCUUAUCCAUGAAGAAGUCAAUGGAUUCUACAUUUGUUUGGAAGAUAAGACGAUUCCGCCCACCCUCAAACUUCAUCCAGCCUCAGUUCAAAGACUUUUUUGACGUCAAGAAUGGGAAUCCGGUGGAGCACUCUAAUUCAAUCAAGGAUUUUGGAAUGUUGUCGGAUUCCUUUUUCGAGCAGUACAAGAUUAAUCUCGGGAGCAAGAAUGGAAGCAGUCAUUUAUUCCUAUUGCAUAGGGAACCUGGCGAAAGUCUAGGUGAUUUUAAUAUAAGGUUCUGUCAGGAAGUAAGCGAAGUUGGAAAAGUUGAUGAGAGUUUCGUGAUAGAAGCAUACAAAAAUGCAAUGGAAGAAAGAAAAGAAAGCAAAGUUGUCGCGAACAGCAAGAAGGACAAUGUCGAGGAACCGGCGAAACCGAAACAACAAUUUGAAGGUAAUACCAAAAACAAUAGCCAUGAAGGUCCAUCAAGGAAGGUGAGAAACGAUGAAGAUUCACGUAAUCCGCAAGAAAAGCAAAGAGUAAAGUUUCCCAAGCUGAAUAUUGGACUUGGGGAACAUUUUAAGAAGAUUAAAGACUCGUUGCCCAUUCCGGAGCCCCUACCAGCGGAAACAAGGGAUAAGAGAGAUAAGAAUAAAUAUUGUGCUCAUCACAAAGAUCAUGGGCACAAUACAGAUACUUGUCGUGCUCUCGCAGCGGAAGUCCAGAAAAUGAUUGAAGAAGGAAAGCUGCAGCAAUACGUGAAGAAUAGUCCGGCACAAGUCAACACACUGGACAACACUUUAGAUUUACGAGAGAUUAGAGUGAGCCACGCAAGAGUUAACAUAACUUCGAGAAAGGCUCAGGAGAAUGCUACACGGUUGAAGUUACGUCAUAUUAACGAUUGGCGAGUAUCGAACAAGGUCGAUUAUGCCAGUCUGAUUGGUACGGAGACCUUAGAAGAGGGGAAGACUGAGAUUUCUUUUUCGAACGCUGAUCUUGCUGAAGUAUAUCAACCACAUAAUGAUGCAAUCAUGAUUCUAGCUCUCAUUCAAAUGUAUAAGGUACGUCGAGUUCGUGAUACUGGAAGUUCAAUUAGCGUCAUAUGCUCAGGAGCAUACUCUUCAAUGAAUUUGAGAGAGAGAGUCAAGUUGAAGCAGAUGAUAACCCUAUCAUUGGAUUCAGUGGGGAAACAAUGA